AUGUCCUGGCCGCAGAAUGAGUUCGACAAUGACCUCGGUGUUCUUAUCUUCCUGCGGAAGCUGGCGCAGUCUCCUCUUGUGCGCCGGUCCUUGCCGAACGCGGCCGCGAUCAUGUCUCAGUACUUUCAGUUCAAGCGGCAGCCGGGAGAGAGCAUCACGAACUUCCUUGUGCGGGAGACCUUGGGCUUUGAGGAGUUUAAUGAAGCGCUGGUACGCUUGAGAGAAGAGAGGCAAGGCAUUACGAUGGAUAAGCAGCUCUUCGGCCUGGAGACCCUCCUGAAGAAGGAGGAGGAGAAGGACGAUUGGUGGACCGAAGGUCCGUCGAAGCCUUGGUGGAAGCGUGGCUGGUAUGAUGGCGAGGAGGAAGACUAUCACUCCGAGCAGGCUGGGGCGGAACCUUCUACCCAGGAGGCACCUCUUGGUGGCUAUGAGCAGGAAGAGGCGGCCCACGCAGUGGGCAGCCCAAGUCGUGGACCACCGGAGGACCAGGGUGGUGAAGGCCAGACGCCACAGGAGGGCGGCUCACCGGCUUCGCGCCGUCUUGUUAGGGAGGUCGAGCGCUUCGCCCGGGGCAUCCAGACGGACGAUGAUACCUUCGACAGCUUCAUCCUGGACGUCCUUCGAGGCUGGAGGCUUCUUCAGGCUGCUAGUCUUUCCUUGGAGGAGCGACGUGAUGUGCUUUCUUCUACGGCCAAUCGGCUCGACUUUGAGUCUGUGUCCAAUGCUCUGCAGAUUCUGUGGGACGAGCAGCUCUCGGGCGCCAGGCGCCAGAGCAACAAUCUCAACUCCCAUGGGAAUCCGCAGGUCUACCACAUGGAGGAGCAGGGCGGCUACGAGGCACAAUGGGCCGAGCAGGGACAAUGGGAAGAAGAAGACUGGUACGAUGACCAGUGGGAUCAGUGGCAGUACUUUGGCGAGGCCGAAGAACCGUGGCAAGGUGACUGGCCCCAGGGGCCACCGGAGCCGGAUCCCGAUGCCUUCACGGCCGCAGAGCUGGAUGAUGGGCAAGUGCGUGAAGCACUUCAGGCAGAAAGGGCGGCCGAAGUCAUGGCGGCAGAGGCUGCGAUGACCUGGAAAAGGGCCCAACAGGCCACAGCGGCUGUGAGAAAGGAUCGUGGGUUUGGCGCGGCAGGAGCUUCAGCCUUUCGGGCCGCAAUGAGCACUGAUCAGUGCCACAAGUGCGGCUCCUAUGGUCACUUUGCCCGCGACUGCAAAGGUCCUGGAAAGGGCCGGCCCAAGGGUGCAAUGAUGGCGGACUAUGAGUACGAGCCGGCCGGCUAUGAUGCGAUCUACUUUGUGGGUGGCAAGGGCAAGAAGAAAGGCAAAUCGAAGAGCCACUUCGGCAUGAAUAAGGGACCGAUCUUCAAGGGCAAGGGCGGCAAGCAUCCCAAAACCUACCCGGGCGUGAAUGCAUAUGGCUUGGAGAUGCUUGGCUCUGAAGGGGCUACCGGGCAGAACUAUCAUGUGUCCUCGGAGAGGGACGCUAUUCCUCCUUCCUCCGGUCUUUUGGACUGUGGGGCAACAGCCUCUGCAGGUCCGGAGGCCAGUGUUCAGAGGCUCAUUGCAGCAGUCAUUGAGCAGGACUCCCAGGCGACGAUCACCAUCGAUCAAUCCCGUCGGCCAUACUUUCGCUAUGGGUCUGGGGCGUGGGGCAGGGCACAGUUUCAUGUCACUUUGAUGUCUCGUGUGAGUGGUCAGCAACUGCAGUUCGAGGUGUAUGCCCUACCAAACCCGCCUGAGUUUGUGGAGCCCUGGUUUAGGCCACACAUGUUGGUACCCAUUUUGGUAGGUAUGAGCCACAUUGGAAGCGGUGGAGCUGGGAUGAUCAUUGACUUUAAUGACGGUUCCUACUUGAAUGCAGCAGAUAUAUCUAAGUUGCGACAGCGUCCUCCCGAUGAUCCUCAGUACCUGACCUCCAACUCCAAAGGCCACUUCGUGCUCGACAUUGUCCAGUACCUCACUGGAGGCCAGGUCUGCAAGAAGGGGAAUUGUGCUGUGGUGGUAAAGCAACCGGUGUCUCUUUCUGGUAGUGGUUCUCGUUCCGCAGAUCAUGUGCCGGUGCCGGGUACAGACGAGGAUUUGCCCUUGCAGUUCAUGUUUCCACUUGUGCUAGAGGAGAAUGUGUUGACUUUGGCUGGUGCUGAGAACAUGAAUCCUGAGUUGCGGCGCACCUUCAUGCAGCAGAUGUUGAAGCGACACACUUGUAAAACCUCCUCGGCGGAAGCUUUCUCCAGCUCGAGGAUGAGCGGGCAGACUAGACCCUCUCCUCAGAUCGACAACUUCGCCCCCGCGAUCAACCAUGGCUCCCAAGACCAAGAGCAGCUCACUUCCGGUGCUCGACCCGUCGCGCAUGGUAGAAGCGGAUCCUCGAGAUCCCCGUGCCUUGCGGACGCAGUGGCGAUCGGCAACAACAAGUUCGCCCAAUGGAAGUCUUGCGCGGUUUGUUCGUACAGACUUUCCUACACGCCCAGAGAAGGCGCCCCCGGAUCCGACUCCAAGACGGAAAACUUCCCCACGGUGAGGCGAGCGCUUUCCAAGCUGUACGAAGACAUUGGGGAUGUGCAGCCGGAUGCCGAGAUGGUGCGUGUGGCCAUCGAGAUGGAGUAUGCAAAGAACCGCUACCACCAGUUGAUCCAGAAGUUCGACAAGAAGCGAGCGGUGGCGACAGUGCCACCCAAGGCGGUGAUCGAGGGCACGGCGCCUCUGGCUGCCACGACCCACAAGACCAAGGGCUACCUGGAGGAGAAUGCGACCCCGCCGGAGCUUCUGAAUCCGAAUCUGGCCAUCACCGAGCUCGUCGAUGACAAGUUGGUCGGUGACCGGGUCACCGGCGGCACAAUGAUGCCCAAGCGGGUGGCAAAGGGCAUCAUGCUCAUGGCGACGGUGCUUACCAAUCUCUACCGGAACGAGCUUCAGAACCUCAUCACGCCAACCGGCCAGCAUAGUGUUUGGGAGAUUGGUUGCAGUACUUCGUCUAUGUUGACCACCGCAUGCCUUGCCGAGGGCCUGCAGUCUUUCAGGGUCAACCAUGUGAACGGGUUAGAUCUGUACAAGGCGGAGACCUACGACAACCUGAGGCAGUUGUUUGACUACCACAAGCCCCGCCGCAUUCGGCUCACUCCUCGGAGCGAUCGGUGGCUACCUUGGAGCCAUCUCAACCACUUGACCUGGCAGGACCGCCAGACUUUGGAGAGCCGGCGGAGGCAUGAAAGGACCAUGCUGAAGCGCAUGGUCGACUUCUUGAUUUGGGCUCUACGGCGCAACUCCCUGUUGGAGAUCUUCUGGGAAUGGCCUGCUGAGAGCCUUGGUUGGAAGGAGCCGGUCAUGCAACAACUUGAGAAAGCAGUCUGGUUGCGCAAUAGGGAUUGGCUUCAGUGUCGUGUUGAUGGUUGCCGGUACGGCUUGCGCCUUGACAACAACGGGCCCUUUGUGAAAAAGCGAUGGACCAUCAGGACGACGUGCCCCAAGUUCCACUCCCUCUUCAAGACUAAGGUCUGUGUCCAGGAGCACAAGCACAUACCGGUGCCGGUGAUGGAAAGCCACGGUCGCCUGGAUUAUCCUUGGCGGUUUGUGAGUUCUGUUGCCAAAGCUUGGAAGGAUCAUUUGUUUCCUUUGCGCCAUUUUGGCGCCAAGAGCGUGCUCUACAACUUUGCCGGCGAGGAGGCAGAGGACAACUAUGAGCCUGAGGAUGAAGAGCCGGCAGCCGUGGACGAGGGUGCGAAGGAUGGACCUACGGACGAGGAGCGCAAGGCCUGGGAUCGAAAACUCCGUCGGUUCCACACGGCGGCCGGACAUCCCUCCAACAGCCAGUUGUCUCGGAUCAUCAAGGAGGCCGGCAAACCCAAGUGGAUGGUGGAGGCGGCAGCCAAGUUCAGCUGCCCACACUGCGAGUCGGCCGUUCCGGGAGGUAUGUCAUCCAAGCAGGUGCCCCCUUUGUCGACUAGGCCGAUUCCAGUGGCUUGGCAACAGGUGGUUUCAGAUGUGGGUGAGUGGACCAGCAUACCACAUAAGUGCAAGCUGAAGUUUGUUGUCUUUGUGGACGCGGCCACUAAACUUCGUGUGGCUGAGCCUUUGUUCCGGUGUGAGAUUUCCGAGAUGAAGACAGAGACUGGUUUGCAACUGGUGGAAGCUUUCUCCAAGCGCUGGUUGAGUGAUAAGCCCAAGCCCGAGAUCUUCAUCCCGGACAAUGCGAGGUCUUACACGUCAAAACACUUUCAAGACUUCUGCUCGAGUGUGAACAUUUGGUUGGCACCACCCGCGGAAGCGGAGGCCUGGGCACAUGGGUUGGCCGAGUCUGUCGUUCAGGAUGUGAAGGCGGUGAUGGAGCGCAUUCAGACCGGCGACGCCAGUCUUCUGCCGGAGACUUGUUUGGCCUUAGCAACGGGUGCCCUCAAUCAGACAUCCUUUGUCAAGGGGUACUCGUCUUACCAAUGGGCCUAUGGAAAGCAUUUCUCCUAUACCGACGAAGAUGAGAUCACCAUGUCCCAGGUGAGAGAUGAUGCACCCUUUGCCGAGUUCACCCGACUUCUAUCUCUACGUCACGAGGCAGAAAACAAGGCCCGCGAGGUGCGAGCUCAACGUGUCCUCUCAAAACUCAAGAACACGAUUCAACGACAACCUCUACGCACAUUUCAUCCUGUGGAUCUUGUAAAGGUUUGGAGGCGUGCUCUACCACAAGAACUUCAUCGAGGACGAGCUGGAGGCACUAAGAAAGCGGGACGUCAUCACUGGAUUGGUCCAGGACGUGUGGUGCUGCAGGAGACAAUCCCACAUCAGGCGGAGGAUGACCCACGCCGCCACAUCAUCUGGGUGGUCAUCGGCGGCAAGCUCUACCGAUGCUCGGCGCAUUCAGUCCGUCCGGUGACGGAACAGGAACGAGCAUGGCACCAUCUUCAGGUGGACGAGGAUCCUAGCCGCUGGAAGACUCUGAAAGACAUCAUCCCGACCAAGGAGUACACCGACUUGAGUGGACAACCUCCUCCUGGCGAUCUUCCUGAAGACGGCGAUCCUGAUCUACCUCGAGCUCCUGAUUCUGAGACCUGGGUGCCAUCGAAGCGUCUCAAGUGGAAGCAAGCUCCACCUGAUGCACAACUUCCUCAACCUGCGCCACCACCACCACCGGUCAAUGACUACGGGGUCCCAGAUGACUGUUUGGACUACGAGCCCAGCGAAUGCGAUGAUGGGCCAGAUGCUGGCCUCGGCACGGACUUCGGCAACUACGACUUCAGCUCGGACCCGGAGAUGCCUGGCACUGGUGAGAAGCGUGACGCUCCACCGGGUGCGGAGUCCUCCUCAACAAAGAAGCCGAGAGCCAGCGAGACUGAGGAUGAGCUGACGCUACACACGGCCCUUCAGGAGAGCGAGCAUGCCUAUGUGAUGGAGUUUGACCUCAAUCUGGCGUCACACCGCCAACUCAAGAAGUUCGUAAGGUCACCUUCAGCGUAUCUGGUGGGGAAGAUGCGCGAUUGUGAAGUCCGUUGGGAGAAACUCUCACCCCACCAUCGCACCUUGUUCUCCCGAGCGAAGACCAAGGAGGUGACCAGCUUCAUCCAGCAGGCUGCGGUUCGAAAGUGUCUUGACUUGGCGGAGGAGAAGGAGGCCAGAGACAGCGGCAGGAUAAUGCGCUGCCGUUGGGUGCUCACCUGGAAGGCGAUACCAGCAGAGGAGGAGCAGGAGGCCCGAGCAGAUGCACGUGAUAAUCCACACACUACGGUGGACCCUCAUGGCAUCAAAAAGGCCAAGGCCCGGAUCGUGCUGCUCGGAUACCAGCAUCCGGACUUGUUGAGAGAGGGGUUCAAUUCCAGUGCCCCCGUGCAAUCCGUUCUCACGAGGAACCUUGCCUACAUGCUGACCGUGACCAACGGAUGGCAGCUUGAGGGUUUGGACCUGUCAACAGCCUUCCUGCAAACAGCUCCUAAAGAAGACAUGCGCAUCUGGACACAAGGUGUGGCAGAGCUUCGUGAAGCUCUGGGCAUUGGCGACGACCAGCUGAUGCGCGUGCUAAAGGACUUCUAUGGCUCGACUACGGCGCCUCGAGGUCUUUGGCAAGAUCUACAUGCCAAGUUCACGGAGCUCGGCGCUACAAAGAUCAUGUCCGACCCUUGCAUGUGGAUAUGGUCGGAGCCAGUGGAGAAUCCGAGGAACGCGAUGGACCGCUAUAGGACCAUCGGCAUGAUGGGUGGCCACGUGGACGAUUUCAAUCGGGCCGGUGACCUUCAGAACCCCAAGUGGCUCGCCAUCCGAGCCGAAAUUGACAAGGCCUACAAGUGGGGCACGAUCAAGAAGGAUAACUACCGUCAUGCCGGCACGGAUGUGAUCUCCAGAAGGUCACAUGAGGGCGGCUACUCCAUCGAGGUGAACCAGGAUCAGUACAUCGAGGGGAUCCAGGACUUCGAGCUGGCGGCACAGUCUGGACGAGAUCCUGAGAGCCCACUAGAUGAUCGAGAAGUGUCUGCAUGUCGUGCAGCACUCGGGGCUCUGCAGUGGGCAGCAGUGCAAUCGCAGCCGCUGAUUUGUGCCAGAUGCAACCUCAUCCUCUCGGAUCUUUCACACGGACCCAAGUUCAGCUUAGCCCGGGAGAUCCAAGGCUUGAUUGUUGAGGUCCGUGCCAGCCCUCAAAGACUGAUGUUCAGGCCGCUGCCAGAUGUGAAGCACUGGCAAGAUGUACAUGUGAUCACUCUCGGUGACCAGGCUCAUGCGAACAGGCCCAAAGGGGGGUCUACAGGUGGCAUUCUCACCUUCCUCGGUGGUCCGGCUCAUGCGCGAGGUGAGCCAUCACAGCUAGUGCUUCUGGGAUGGAAAACUUGGAAGCUGCAGAGAGUCGCGAUAGGCUCUACGGACGCUGAAGUGCAAGCCAUGGUUGAAGCAGAGGACGUCAAUUUCAAGACACGUUUGACGUGGGCGGAGCUCAACAGCGCUACCGUCGAUAAGGGCUUCAACUUCUUAAAGGCUGCUGAGCGUGCAGCUUCUGCUGUUCCGGGAAUCCUUGGAACCGAUUCCAAGGGUGGCUAUGAUGCUGUGAUGCGGCAUGAAGGGCCUGAUCUUGGGCUGUCGAAUGCCAGAGCAGCCAUACAGGGUCACCAACUCAAGGAAGGGAUGAGACGAGUGAAGACACGUCUCAUCUGGCUUGCCAGUGAUUUCAAUUUGUCAGACGCCUUGACCAAGCGAUCCUCAGAAUGCCGUAAAAGCUUUGUACAGUUCCUACGUAACGGUAUUUGGAUGCUUAGGUUCAAUCCGAACUUCACUGUUUCGGCCAAGAAGGCCAAACAACAGGGCCUAGAUGCUGUGAGUCAACUUCGCAAAGCAACACAGGCGUCAAGAGCCAAGAAAGUUUUUGGACUGGUGCAACAUGUAUCUUUCAUGCUGGGUAACAUGUGA